UUUAUGGUAUAACCAAUGUAAUUGUUGAUUGAGAUUAUAAAUUGUUGAGUUAAUCCAACUAAUAUCAUCAUGUUACCAUUUUGGAGUUUAUUUGUAGUAAUUUUAUCACCAAUUCAAACGGAGUCUUCGUUGUUGGAUAAAAAGCCUUCAACGGCUUGGGAUACAUUGAUUUGUGAUAAAGAUGAGGUCACUUGUCUUGACCAAAGACGCUGUAUACCAAUGGCGAGAGUUUGUGAUAAUCAACAGGAUUGUAUCGAUAAUUCAGAUGAAUUGGAGUGUGAAAACUCUUGUCGUGGAGAUGCUUUCAGGUGUAACAACGGUAAAUGUAUCCCGAGAAAAUGGACUUGUGAUUCAUUUAACGAUUGUGGAGAUAAUUCAGAUGAGAUUCACCAUUGUUUAGGAAUAGAGCGACUUCCUUGUUCUCAAGACGCUUAUCGGUGUGAAGAAGGUCCUUGCAUUCCAAUUGGACAAGUUUGCGACGGUAAAACCAAUUGUCCUCGAGGCGAUGAUGAAAGUCGAUGUCCAAAAGAAAUGGCCAAAGAUCCAUCGAAAGAGACCAAUUCAACGCCACGAGAAAACACCAUCGGUGAAACGAAGCGAAGAUCAGAUUGGUUUUUUCGGCCAGAAAAUCAAUUUAAAGCCAAUUCAUAUUCACCCUUUUCUUCAAUAUCAUCGAGCUCAGAUCGAUCAUACGAACCCUAUGGAUCAUUAGAACAGAGAACAAGUCCAAAGAAAAUGGACACUCCACAUUAUCUGAUGCCCUCUGACCAUAGUGACCCUUUGGUCUCAUUAACUCGUGAACCUCUUCAUCUAGUUGAUCCAAAUGAAUCUAAUCUCAACUCUUAUACCAACAGUAACAAUAAGAACCAUCAAGUCAACAAUCAACCUUAUCAAGAAAACAAAUUGAUCUGUGCUGACCACGAAUUUAAAUGUACUGAUGGGCUACGAUGUAUUCCAAUUAAAUCUCGUUGUGAUCAAAGGUUUGAUUGUGUUGACCAGUCAGACGAAAAACACUGUUCAAUUGACCCUUGUGUCUUUGGACUAUUCCGAUGUCACUCAGGUAAAUGUGCAAUAUCCUCAUGGAAAUGUAAUGCAACCGAUUGGACAGGUAGACGAGUAACCGUUUUAUCAAAAGAUUUUGAUGCUUUUCUUUGAAUUUCAAGGUAAAACAAUUAAAACCUGAAUUUAAUUUGACUAAAGAAAAUGUAGUCUAAAGUCAAUACUCAUCAUUAUGGUUUAUUUUCAUCAUCGUUAUUGUCCUAAAUUGUUGUUACUGUUAAAUUAUUAUUGUUAAACAAUUAAAAUGAUCAUAAUAUUAACUUAACACAAGAAGCAACUAAAAAAACAAAACUGAUCAAAUAAAAAGUAUUAAUUUGCAAAUUGCACUUUAA